AUGAGUCGCAGAAAACGGAUUUUUUUCUUCUUCGGAUAUCAGCUCAGCCGAUGUCAAGAAGUUGAAUAACUGUGUAUUUAUCGAUGAAAAGAGAACUAGCUGAAGUCAAACCAUGCCAACGUUAAUAAUCCUAGAUGCGUCGCUGUCCAUGAUGCGACCCCUCGCGACCUCGGCCAUGCCCCUUGAUCCAGCAAACACUGAAACAAGGCGGUCCGUCGCGCAGACAUGUCUUUGUUCCAUGUUAGACUACAUCUCGGCCAACGAUCGCAUGGAGUUCUGUGCCCUUGUUGCUUAUUCAUCGUUAUAUGAGGUUCUGAUGCCUUUUACCAGAGAUCAUAAUGAACUGAAAAUAGCUAUCCAGUCAAUGGAUACGUAUGAUAAGACGCUGCUAGACAACGUACUUCUCAACAUGAGCAAUUAUGUGAUGGAAGAAUGGGGUUCAAAUACACCGGUCAAGGUGUUAUUGGUUACCGAUGGCAAUCCGGGAAUAGGACCAGGAUCUCUGCGGCACAUCCUAUCAGAGAUGAGCCACCAGACCGACCCGUCCAAGAACCCCCUUCCGUUCGUCUUCCCGAGUGAGCUCCACGUCCUCCUCAUCAGCAGCCACUCAGAACUCGCCCAGAACAACGCCCUGAGCCUCUACCAGCGCCUCGUCGAUGCCAACGAGAGCGGGCAGGUCCACACGCCGGCUGAGGGCGCCCUGACGGUGAAGUCGGUCCAGAACAUGUUCAUGAAGUACGCCGAGUCGCAGCACAGUGUGUUCCGUACGACCCUUCACUGCGGGAACCUGUGCUCUGACGUGCAGCUCUUCCCGCAUCCCAAGGUGGCCACGGUGGAGAUGGACACGGAGGUCGUGACGAGAGAGGUCGGACCUGAUCUUCACGUGUGUGGGUUUCUUGAUAUGGGGGAUGUUGUGAGUCCUGCUUCCAUCUCUAGACACCUUGUGAUUCCAUAUAAUAGUAAAGACAAGUCCCAAUCGUCUCCUGACGGGAAGGAUGCUGAGAAGACCGAAGACGAUCCAACCUCAUCAACGACCGCGGAAGAAGGAAAAACGCCAAGUUUCUGCGUGCUUCUUCACGGCAGCUUGAAGAUUAACAACAUGGUGGCGCUAGUCCAGAUCACUGAUGAUUGGUAUGGUAUAUUGUACUCCUGGGCCGAUAGCAAGAAGAAAUCUAACAUGAUGCUGUCUAUCUUUGACCCUGGAUCUAAGGCUGUACCUUGGCUUGGAAAGUUCACUCUAUUAGGACCAUGUUUAGCAUUUGACCAGAAUCCAUAUGGUGAGGAUGACAACAAAUCACCGUUCCCUGUUAUACCCGACUCUAAACGCAGCUAUGCACAAAAUCCUGUGGUCUGGAUCAAGAAUAGCAACCUUCAGUCGGAUGUACAGAAGAUUUUACGUUACGCACGCAAGCUACCAGACAAGACUCAAGUUUUCUACAAGGAGCUGAAUCGGUUGCGACGUGCCACCUUGUCUUUCGGAAUGCAGGACUUCCUAGAAGGCAUCUCUCAGCUCCUGGAGAGAGAGUGCACCCUCCUCCCUCCGACCGCACAUCCCGAUGCUGCCAUACAGCUCACCCACGCCGCCAAGCUUGUCAAGAACUCCGUCAACAAGGACUACAACUACUCCAUCGCACCACUCUCAACAAAUUUCACCGGGAAUACGUGAUGAAGAAGUGCUGUGGGUCGCCCAUGGGAUGACAAGACUCUUGUUAUGUGCUUGUUGGAUCGUAGAUCAACAUGCAUGCUGGGAUACAUGCAGCACAUUUUAAUGCAUCUCUAUGGCUCCGACGAUGAUUCUCACAGGAACAAGACUGCAUUGUUGCAUGGUUUGAGAUGAAUUCCUCAGGAAGAAACCUGUGCGAUGAGAGAUUUCACUUGAUAAAUGAGUUUCAAUAAGUCUGACCGGCUAUUCAUCAAACGAAAGAGAAUCCGUCUUUCGUCUUUAGAGGUCAUUAGAGUCGUGACAGAUAUCACAGGGAGAGUAAGCUGAUGUUACGAGACGAGUCGGUAAUAACUGGAGUAACAAAGACCAGAGCUGCCCAUUGGACCAAAAGUCAUGCUAUUUUCUCUAAAAAUCCUUUCUUCAACACAAAAAACCUCUUUUUGCCACACACAUCAUGGAAUCCACCUCCUCGGUGUUAAAAAUAUCCACUUACUUUGCAGUUUACAUGUACAUGUUGGUUAAAUGUGUUAGCUUCUUGUCAGAGGGUCCUUGCUAUUACCAUUGAGUUGACUUAGUCCAUCCUUUGCUAUUUUGCUAUUGGGAACCGUGACUUUUACAAUUUCAGUUACGUGGACUGCUGAUGAGAACGACAGAUUGUGUUGUACUUAAAAAGCACACGUACAUGCAUGCAACACAGUGUUUUACAAUGCAUAAUACAGCGCACGUAACACAUAGUCUGCGGUGCAAACCCUUCACUCGACUAAAAAGGGUCUGAAUUGCAGCCUAUUCAUGCCUUGUGUACUGAAGGCCCUCUCACUGGCUACUGGUAGCAGUUCCCGUGGGAGGCUGAUUGACGAUGUUUACUAGCGGAUAGAAAGUGACUCUGAAAGAAGCAGGUGGGGCUAGAUUUGGAGCGUGAGAAAUUAUUUCAGGGGGGCGUUUCAUGAAAGGACUUGUCGGACAUUUUAUCGAACAGUUACCAUAGGAACAGUGUGUCUCAGCCAAUCGAAAUCAUGGAAAGAUGUCAGAUCUGACAACUUGUCAGAUGAAAAUAUUGAUGAAACACUCCCCUGGAAGAUUAGGCAGACCCCGAAUUGAAACAGCAAGUUUCGUAUGUGCUAGUCUUCGCAUGGAGACACACUUGCUGAUCAAAGUUUCAAUCGGGGUCUGUGCCUGCAGACUACAUAACACACACAAUCGGAAUUUAGAAACGUCUUAUUUUAUUGAUACAACUCCUACUGUC